AUGGCUCAAGUAGCGGAUGGAUACAAGGCGCUAGAGUCUGUUAUUUUUCGAAGCAGGUAUCGCUGUAUCAAAGAUAUCGGAAAAGGAAGUUUUGGUGAAGCUCUUCUAGUUCGCUCAAAGACAAAUGGCAAGCGCUACGUUGCAAAAGUGAUCGAUUCCACGAGCAUGACAGAAAAGGAAAAGCGUGACGUGCAAAAUGAGAUUCGAAUUCUUGCCGCUAUUAAUCACCCCAACAUUAUCCGCUACAAUGAGCACUUUGAAGAUAACACCCUGAUCUUCAUUAUCAUGGAAUACGCGGAUGGCGGCGAUCUGAGCACACGCAUGAAAGAGGCCAAGCGCCAGGAGCAACCGAAGCCCUUCAGCCCGGACUUGGCGAUGUUUUGGUUUCUACAGAUUUGUAUGGCGCUUAAAUACCUGCAUGAUAACCACAUCCUCCACCGAGACCUCAAGGCCGCCAAUGUCUUUCUUACAUCAAAAGAUGUCGUCAAGUUGGGCGACUUUGGGAUCUCGACGGUGCUGCAGAACACAAUGGCGUGUGCUCGCACGGUUUGCGGCACGCCGUACUAUUUCUCACCGGAGUUAUGCCAGAGCAAGCCGUACAACAACAAAAGCGAUGUGUGGGCGCUUGGCGUGAUUCUAUACGAAACCCUCACCCUCCAGCGGCCGUUUUCCGGACGAACGCUGAAGGAGCUGCUCAAGAAGAUUUUAUCGGGCACCUACGAUCCCAUCCCGUCUACCGUGCCCUCCGAGGUCCGCGCGCUCUGCUGCAGCCUUCUGCAGACUAGUCCAGCCCAACGCCCGAGCAUCAACCGCAUCUUAGAAGGAGAAUACGUGCAGCGGGUGUUGCAGAACAUUAGCGCGAAUCUCGAGCAUCAGGCGGAGCUGGAGCGGAAGGAGUACGAGCGGCGAUGCAACGAUGCCUCCGCGGCGAAAACGCAGCAGGAGCAGAAGUCCGCAUCGGCGGUGGAAAAGACGCUGGAUCAGCCCAAACUUCAGCUCAGCGAGCGCGAGCAGAUGGCAAUGCUGCGCGGGAUGAACCGGCAGAGCAUGCGGGAGAUGAUCACGAAGCAACCUGCCGGCCCGACCGCCGAGGCCGCGCAGAAGACGGAGGUUGCCCACCCCGACGUCGACGAGGAUGGCGACGCCAUCGUCCAGAAGGAGGCGAUUGUCCGGCAAACGAAGGAUAUCGUCGGCAAAAAAACCCUCGGCGGCCAUCCGGAGGAGUUCGGCGACGGUUACUCCGAUCUCACGCCGCAGGUGGAGACGAUCGCGCUCGCUAACGGCACCAUCAUUCCCGCCAACGAGGCGCGCGCUAUUUUAGUGAAGGAGCUCGGCAGGGAAAUGCUUGAUAACGCGAUGGAGCUGUUUAACCACCAGACGAUGAGCGGGAUGAGCAAUGUGGAGAUUCAACAAAAGCUGUGCGAGUUUCUUGGUCCUAAGUUUGACCACAACGCAAAUGCCAUCACGAAGCUCUCUCUUUGGGAGAGCAAACAAAAAGCUGCAGAUGUUUCUUAG